AAAAAUUAAGUUUGGGCAAUCGGCAGAUUCAGAAAGUGUUGGUUUGUUGUCGUUAUUUCUCCUUUCCCUUUCACAAUUCAAAUUCUUAGAAUUUCAAUUUCCUUACAGUUUUCUCUUCUAUAAUCUAAUUAAUAACUGUAUAAGAGAUCAAAUCCCUAACUGCUCCCUCCCAUGUCCGCUUCCACGGUGUCAAUCACCGCGAACCCUGCCGCUCGACGGAGACCGGUGGUGGCGGGUGAAAAGAAAUCCAACAACAACAACAGCAUUGAAUUGUUAGGCAGUGAAGCGCAGUUCAAUGGAGGCGGUCCUGCAAAUGUAAUCAUGGGCAACGAGAAAUUGUUAAGCUCUCAAAGCAAGGACCUGAGUCAUCAUUCAAUUCUUGAAAGAAAAGAUGUCACAACCGCCCAACUCAAGAAGUCUACCAUUUCCCCUCAUCGCAGGACUCGUACUAAAGUGGUUCCUGAAAAAUCAAAACCACGCUGGUUGACUGUGGCUAGUAUUUUCACCAAGAAUUUCGCCCUGUUGCUUGUGUUGAUAGGUUUGGUUCAGAUGGUUAGGAGAUUGGCUCUCAAUUCUUCAUCUUCAGGAGAUGUCAAUUAUUCUUCUUCACAAAUGGCUGCAUUUUCCUCUGAAUCUGAGGCUCGGAUUGCAGAAGUUGAAUCUCUUCUCAAGACUUCUCUUAAAAUGAUUCAGCUUCAAGUUGAGGUUGUCAAUGACAAGGUUGAUAAUGAGGUUGGAGGUUUAAGAAAUGAAUUUGACAACAAAAUUCAUGACAAAGGUUUGUUCUUGGAGAGUGAGUUUAAGCGAUUAGUUGCUAGAUUUGAUGGGCUUGAUCGCUCCUUAACUGAACUGAAAUCUGUCGAUUGGUUGUCGAGGGAGGACUUUAACAAGUUUGUUGAUGACUACUUGAACAAGGGAAAGGGUGGUCAAACUGAUAAUACUGGUGUAAGUUUGGAUGAUAUUAGGGCUUAUGCAAAGGAGAUUGUAAUAAAGGAAAUUGAGAAGCAUGCUGCCGAUGGACUUGGCAUGGUUGAUUAUGCCCUUGCAUCUGGUGGCGCAAUUGUUGUUAAGCACUCUGAGCCCUUUUUGCCUGGAAAAGGAACCAACUGGUUGUUGAAAAGUUCCCGAAUUGGAGUCCAUCCUGAUGCUGUUAAGAUGCUCAAACCGAGCUUUGGGGAGCCAGGCCAGUGCUUUCCUCUCAAAGGAAGUAGUGGCUUUGUUCAAAUCAGACUUCGCACUGCUAUUAUUCCUCAGGCUGUUACUCUCGAACAUGUUGCUAAGAGUGUUGCUUAUGACAGAUCAAGUGCUCCCAAAGAUUGUCGGGUGUCUGGUUGGCUGCAAGGGCAUGAUAUUGAUUUAGCCGUUGAUACUGAGAAGAUGUUUCUUUUGACUGAGUUUACUUAUGACCUUGAGAAGAGCAAUGCUCAGACCUUCGCUGUGCUGAACUCAGUAGCCUCAGGCCUUGUUGACACUGUGAGGCUGGACUUCGCAUCUAACCAUGGAAGCUCUCACCACACGUGCAUUUAUCGCUUGAGGGUGCACGGUUACGAACCUGACUCUCUUUCAAUGAUGACAAUGGAAUCGUGAUGCUCUUGAUUUCAAUAUUUGUUAGUGCGUCAUAUUACUGUACACUUAGACUAUUUUACUGGAUGUAGAUUGGUGAACUUAAAUUCACUCUCUUCCUCAGUUUCUACUUGUUUUAGUGUAGUGCAAUAGGUCAGUUUGCGAUUCAAAUUGGUAGAGUUGGUGAUGAAUGGAUGUGGGUGGUCUUUGGUUGUCUUGGCCAAUUCUGUGGUGGUGCUAUUAUAAUAUUUGUUCCAACUUUUGAAUUUUUGUUGUAUCCCAUUUGCAGUGCUCUCACUGAUAAAUUGGAGUAUUGAAUGUUUAUUGUUGUA